CGGCAGCCGAGAAAUCGGCCGCGCUGGGCGGAACUGGAACCAAAACAAAGACCCUCGAGCGCAGUCGUCGCGUGAAAUCGCUCGUGUAACAGAACUGGCAGGAAAGCAACUGCGGACGCGGUGCGUUUGCCAUUAAAACGGACGUGUGUGGAGCGGAGCGGGACGGGGCUUUCAGUCUGUAGAACAAAACAGCCGCGGAUAAGUCCGAUUUUGUGGCAUAAGAGAAGAAACCGCAAGUUAAUUGGCGACAUCGAUUUCGUGUCACGCGUGCCUGGACCAAGCCUUGGUUACCGUCACGCGUGGGUGUCGCAACGUAAGAGUUAGUGGGGAAAAUAACCGAAGCGAAGGCGGACAGACGCACCGAAACGCCUCAGCAGGGUAAGCACCUUAAUCAGGAUCAGGGAUCCUGAUCAGGGAUACUGCAGCUGGAGGUGGGAUUUAAACCCAGGUCUCUCGAGUGCAAGGCAUUUUGCUCUGACUGCUACGUCACCUGCUGGGCCAUUAAUGCAAGUUGAGGACUUCUUUUGCUGGUCACCAUGAGGCUUUGCUUUGUCGUCGUCGCCUUGCUCUGCCUGAGCAGCGGCCUCCUGACUUCACCUUACAAACUCCUGUCGCACCAAUGGAGCAAGCUAAUUCUGACUUAUCACUGGCCUGAGACUUUCUGCAUUAAGGAAGGUUGUACCACAAAGUUCAACUACUGGACCUUGCAUGGACUUUGGCCAGAUAAAGGAGACAUGUGCAAUUCAUCUUGGCAUUUCAAUGCAAGUCAGAUAAAGGAUUUAAUACCUGAGAUGGAGAAAUAUUGGCCUAACCUUCUCAGUAAAGGUCCCUCCAUGUCAACUGUGUUGUGGAAACACGAGUGGCUGAAACAUGGGACGUGCGCCGCCACGUUGGAAGCCCUCAACAGUGAACACAAGUACUUCAGCAAAGCCCUGGAGUUAUACCAGAAACUGAACCUUGAUGGAACUCUGAGAAAAGCCAACAUUGUUCCAGCACAAACACACUACAGUCUGGAACAGAUCGAGAUGGCAAUUGUUAACUAUUAUUCAGUGAAACCAAAGAUUCAAUGUAUUCAUGAGCAAGGAGAAGAGGCCCAGAUACUUGGACAGAUUGAGAUCUGCUUCAGCAAAGACUUCCAGCUCAUAAACUGUGAGAAGAAUGAAGAUGACUACUGGUCUAGCCUUAAUGAUAUCCUAACCCUUGACACCAACACAACAGGGUACUACAUGUGUGAUGAGAACACUCCGGUUCUCUACCCUCCUUUAGAAACUGUGUAAUAGUAUGUAUCCCUUUAUUUUAUUUUAUUUUUUUUUUGGAAUGAAUGUUAGAAAUAAUACUGCAGAAUGUAUAUGGACAAUCAGAACUGGUGUCAAAAUUGCUGCUUUCAUAUAAUUGGCAGAACAAUAUUAUUCUUUCUGUAUCUGUCAACACAAUCAUGGAGAGAAUGGUAUAUCAAAAUCCUCAUUGUUACAGGUUUAAUUUUCAGCUGAAACUUUGAUCUCAGUGAUAUUAGAGGAACUAGUUUUAAUCAGGAUAUGUCUGAAUUACUUUACAAUUCUUUUUCCUUGGUGCUACUAACAUCUCUAGCUCCUCCAAAACAGAGGGAUACUUAAUUUUAAUCAAUAGGGAACUUUUGUUUUCUGGCUCCAUCAGCUUCACAUUUAUU